GACUCUUAUGUAAGGGCUUAAUAAUAUAAGUAAAAGGUAUAGAUGAUCCCCCAAAGAGGAUAAAAUGAACUGUAAUGAGGAAUGAUCUUGCAGCGCAUGUUCUCUUUUACUUUCAGGAAUACACUUUAAUUGGCAUGAUUUUCCCUACCCCCUCAAACUGUUGUAAGUUAAAGGAUAUCAUGAUCCUGGCAGAAGGGUUUGGCGACCCUAUUUAUUGGGUAACAUCAGUUUGACAUGGAUGAAGCUUCCUUUUUGUAAAUUGGGAUCAUCGUUUCUGAGAUACUGCUCGAGGGGGGAGAUAAUUUUUUAUAGAAAGACCCUUUUUCUGUCUCUUUUAUUUCGCAGUAUCCUUUAUGGUUUACAGGUGAACGUGCCCACGAAAAAGGUCUCUUAAGGUUGAAGAGAGCCAAU